AUGGCCAAGACAAAGUCCGACAUCACCCUGUACACUGUCGGUACACCCAACGGUAUCAAGGUUUCCAUCCUCCUCGAGGAGCUCAACCUCGACUACAAGGUUCACACAAUCUCCUUCAAAGACAAUGAGCAAAAGGCCCCCUGGUUCCUCGAAAUCAACCCCAACGGCCGCAUCCCCGCCCUGACCGACAAGACCGAGGAUGGCAAGACGAUCCGCGUCUUCGAGAGUGGCGCCAUACUCCAGUACCUCGUGGCCAGGUACGACGAGGAACACAAGCUAUCCUUCCCUACUGAUACUCCCGAGCACUGGGAGAUGACUAGUUGGCUCAUGUGGCAGAUGGGAGGCCUCGGUCCCAUGCAAGGCCAAGCCAACCACUUCUUCCGCUACGCCCCCGAAAAGAUCCAAUACGGUAUCGACCGCUACAUCAACGAGACCCGUCGUCUGUACCGUACCCUCGACACGCAUCUCGAGAAGCAACCUAGCGGCUACAUCGUCGGUGGCAAGUGUACUAUCGCCGAUAUAGCUUCCUGGGGAUGGGUAGCAGGAGCUGCCGGGUGCAACGUCGACAUCAACGAAUUCCCCCACCUCAAGAAGUGGGUGUAUCAGUGCCUCGAGCGUCCCGGCUUCGAGGCUGGCCGCCACGUCCCGACCAAGCACACCGCCCUCGACGCCGCCAGCAAGUCCGCCGAGGAGCUGGAGAGGGAGACUGCCGCCUCCAUCGCCUGGGUGCAGAAGGGUAUGCAGGAUGAUAAGAAGUAG